CCCCAGUAGUCCAGUAGUCCAGUACCUAAGGUACCUACCUACCUUAACCAAGUUCCCGCCCAAACGUCAGCUCGUCAUUCCAUCCUCAAUCCUGUUGCAUAUCUUGUCUUCUCCUCGUCAGACGCCUUUGUCGACUUUCCCUCCGCACCAAUACCGAUACCGCACACACCAGACAGCCCGCCACCGUCUUCUACGCUCCGGCUGCCCACUGCGACUCCCUAUCGCCUGCUGUUGGUCAUGAGCCAGGGCGCGUACCGACCGUUUGGGCAUCAUCUCGCGUCCUGAGCAACCCCACCAUCUCCGUUUCCCACCGUCGCCGACACAACUUCGACAUUGAAAUCGACAUCGACCCUGAAAUCGGCAUCGCCAUGUCGACAGCAUCUCGCAGCUCCUGGCAUGGCCGCCGUGCCAACAGCAGCAAAGAUGCUGGCAGAGCCCGCGCGACCUCGAGGGCCCAUCACAUCGUCGUUGAGCACGAAGAGGCCCGCAGCUUUGCCCUGCGCGCCGCCUAUCUACACUACCUGUUGCAGCCCAAGGCCAAGCGAAAGCAAUAUAUCCCGGCCCCCAAGCAGCCCGCCCGAACACACACCAGCGUCGGCGUCCUGGUCCAGGAAUACGUUUCUGGCUCCUCCUCCGGCCUGAAGCUGCCGCACAACUUCUCCGGCGCUCUGCUUGAGAGAGUAAGCGGUAUCCUCACGGGCAGCGAGCGCCUCCCUGGCUACAACGAUGCCGCCGUCAAGAGAACAUUUGCCGAAGCAUAUACUGCCUUCACUGAGCGCAACUUUCGCAAGACGAUUGACAAGGAGAGAAAGUUGGAACCUCUCAUCCUCAUGUUCUACACUGCCGCCACCAAGGCUGCCCAGAAAGGCGCCGUUGCCGGUGACGACUCCUGGAAGCUCAUCCCCGACCGACACCUCGCCCUGCUUGUACGCCUGAUUGCCACAAUUAUCCGAGACCACGGCCACGAUCGCGAUAAGCCUGAGCUCAUGUCCAGGCUCAAUUCACUGGAGAAGAAGCUCCUCACCAAUGAUCAGGAUUUGGUUGCCGAUGGCGCUGGCACUACAAUAGAAGUCGUCGUGCCCUUGAGCUAUGAUGUCAAGGACAUGCCCAUGGUCCAAGUUGUCGCCAGCAUCUUUGGCCUGAGCUUUUCUGAGGUACAGGCUGAGAUCAACGAGAAUCGACAAGUGUGGAACGAGGAGGCGGCGUUGAGGGACCUCAAGUCCUACCAGGCCAGGCUGAACUCAAACCUCCCCGGUGCACUCAGGAGCCAGGAUUUUGAUCUUGAGGAGUCAUUUCUUGAGUGGAAAGAAGCCGAGACACCCCACCUCUCUAAGAUGAUCCUCGACGUCAUAUUGGCGAAGCCAGAGUUGGCCAAGUCAUCAACUAGCCAUUUGGACAAGGCCUUGCCGAAUCGGCCCCAAUCCACUUAUGAUGAUCGAGCAUAUGCAGACCUUAGCCGUGCUCUUUCCAACUCUACUGAUGGCACUCUAGCCUUUGACCCGUCGCUUAACUUGGCAUCCCUAUCCCUCAAUGAUCCUAGCAUCAGAACUGUCGAGGAAGAUAUUUACACCUUCACGCCCCAGGAUCCCAGGGCCUUUUUCAAGUAUAUUCUCCAACAAGCCAUGUCCUUUGACCAGAUCCAUGCCGACCCAGACCUUGACUACCAACCCCUCUCUAAACCGUCCAUGGAUCUCUUGACCGAGCUCUGCGUGCGCUGGCGAGUCCCCCAAUUCUCGAGACUCAUUGUCCUACUUGAGGUGGCUGCCCGCAAAUUCGUGGAUCGGGAACUGGUUCCUGAGGAACUAGACGCCGUCUUCGACUUUAUCAAGGCGCCGCUUCCCGAAGUGAAGAAGCCUCCUCAUAUGCCUCAAUACACUACUCCUCUCCCUGAGAUUGACCCAAGCCGAUGGACUGUCCAUGAUUUUGCCGUCUAUCAGCACACACUCUCCAGCGUCCACGAGACCCUGCUACGCGAACUUUAUGACCUGAUGGAGAAGUGCUACGACUUGAAGCCACCACAGAUCGCCGCCGUUUUGUUUGUUUUGGAUCAGCACAUCAUGAACGACCCAUGCUUCUCACCGAGGGCCGAUGCUGCCUCUGAAUUUGCGGAGCAUCUCUCCCAAGCACUGCGGCAUAGGGCUGCGGAUGCAUAUCGCCAGUAUAUGGAGAAAGAAAUACCGGCGCACAGGGAAGAGUGGGACUUUGGCCAUGCGGUUAAGCUCGGCAAAACGGUCAUCAAGCUGUGUGAUAGGAUCAAGAAGCGAUACAAGAAGACUCCCGAGAUAAUGGGAGUGAACCCCUUGGCUAUCCUUGUCGAAGAGGUCUUCCCUAGUUUCGAAGAGGAUGCCGACGCCAUAAUCCAAACUAUCUUGCAGAGCGCUGCUGAGACACAGACUGAAAUCGACAUCCAAGAGGGCUUCGAGCUGUACAAGGAGUUGAUUGAAAUCCGUCGGAUUCACCAAGAGUCUCUCCCUGGACGGCCAUUUGCGUUUAACAUUGAGAAUCUCUUGGUUGACUUUGUGUGGCGCUGGAUUGGCGCUGCCGAAGCUAGAAUGGAGGAGUAUGUGGACCAAGCCAUCAAGCAGGACCAGUUCCAGGUCCGUACGGAGGGUCCUGAACAAACCCCCUUAGACUCGGAGCGUCACAGCGUGUCCAUUAUCGACAUGUUCAUGCUGUUCAACCAGACCAUUGAUCAGGUUGUCAAGCUGGAGUGGGAUAACGAGGAGCACAAUGCUCGGUUCAUGACGGCCCUCGCAAGGUCAUUCGCCACAGGCAUCGGAAAAUACUGCGAAGUGGUUGAUGGACGCUUUGCCAAAGAGAUGGACCGCCCGUCAGCCGAGGAAAUGGCAGCGCAAACCCAGUCUGCCCAGGAUAGGUGGAUGCAAUACGCCAAGGAUGCCUGGAACAACAAAGACCGGGUUGAGCCCUUUCAAUUCUACCCCGAGUCUUUUGUGAAGCUCAACAACAUCGAGUAUGCUAUGCAAGAGCUGGACAAGCUUGAAAGGACUAUGGAUCCGGACGCCUGCGCCGCCUUGCUGGAGAAGAUUGAUGGACCCAAGAAAAAGGUCCGCAGGCCAAACAAGUACACCUUCACGAUCAAGGUGGUGGAGGCCGAGGAUCUCAAAGCCUGCGAUCCCAACGGCUAUAGUGACCCUUACGUGGUCUUUGGCGAUGAGUACCAGAAACGCCUCCACAAGACGAGGAUUAUCUCGAAGAAUCUCAACCCGAGAUGGGACGAGACGUUUGACAUCACAGUCCAGGGACCCGUGAACAUGAUUGCAACCAUUUGGGACUAUGAUACAUUCGGUGACCACGACUACGUGGGUCGAACUUCGCUCAAGUUGGACCCUAUUCAUUUCAGCGACUAUCUGCCCCGAGAAUUCUGGCUGGAUCUGGAUUCUCAAGGUCGAUUGUUGAUCAGGGUCAGCAUGGAAGGCGAGCGAGACGACAUUCAGUUUCACUUUGGAAAGGCCUUCCGGCACCUCAAGCGCACCGAGAGAGACAUGGUCCGCAAGAUCACAGACAAGCUCACUUCUCAAAUUAAUGCUACGCUCUCAGUCGAAACGCUCCGACAUCUGCUUGGAACCGGAGGCAUUGGAGCAUCUGUCACGAGUUUGUGGAAGAAACGCGCGUCGACAGUGCCUGUGGCGACACCCACCCAGAUUGAGAGUGCACUGACUCCCUUGUUUGCGUACUUUGACGAGAACUUCGCCAUUAUGAAACAGACAUUGACGGAAGCGACAAUGAUUGCAGUCAUGACACGUCUGUGGAAGGAAGUCCUCAUGGUCAUUGAGUGGCUUCUAGUGCCACCACUGUCGGAGAAGCCCUCCCUGCAGCGGCCGCUCUCGCGCAAGGAACUUGAUGUAGUCUACCACUGGCUGGAGAUGCUGUUUGUGUUCUUCAACGCCAAGGAUGAGCACUCGGGAGAGCAGUUGGGAGUUCCGGCGGAGGUGCUCAAGUCGUCUAAGUGGCACGAGCUGGCUUCGCUAAACUUCUUCUACUUCGAGGAUACUAACAGUCUGAUUCGAGAGUCGGAACGAAUGGCGGCUGCCACGGCCCAGCGCGCGCAACAAGCCCUCCAGCAACAGAAUGCGCAGCAGAACCGCCUGUCGGCUCCGCCAACGUUUGGUGCAACGUUUGGCGGCGCAGGGGCAUUUGCCAGCAUGGGCACGAUCAGGCGAGGCAAGAGCAUCAUGAUGAGUCGCAACCUGGGUACGAUGCGCAAGGCUAAGGAGGCCAAGCGACGAGAGGCACAGGCGGACCCUAGUGAUGAUAUGAUCUUGCGGAUCCUGCGCAUGCGGCCCGAGGCGGCGAAUUACCUUAAGGAGAGGCAUCGCCAGAAGGAGCGGCAGGCGGCCACGGCGGCAGCGGCGCAGAUCGUGAAGAACAGCGUUACGCAGGGGUGGAAUGCCGGCGGGGCCCCGGCCUUUUCGGGCAACUUUGGACGGAACAACCUACCGCGGCGAUGAGAGCUGCUUGAAGCUGAACGAUAUGGAUUUGGAGAAGGCUUGGCACGGUGUUUGGAAUUGCUGAAUCAGAGGAGAAGGGGGACCAGACCAGCGGAGAUGGGUAGGGAAUUCGACAUGGACGGGAUAUUGCCCCUUGCUUCAAUGGCUUUUUUUUAGUGCCUGGCUGGAUGGAAAGGCACCAGAUACCCUCAUUCGUACAGGCAGCGAGGUGAUUGUGGUUGAUUAUUGUGGUCUCAUAGGCAGGAUGCGAGCAAAUUGGGAGCUGGAUGUACAGGUUGUAGUAUAAUCAGGGGGCUCCCGGGCAAGGAACGAUAGAGAUGACGGAGUCGCAGCGUUUUGUUAUGCACUGUAGUACAGUUUCAAUGUGAAGCGUUUCCCAGGUUUAGGCAUACAGGCAUCGGGAUGAUCUAGUGGCAAUCGAGAUGUAGCU